GACCAAGCUGCGCCGCCCGGCCAAGCUGGCAGCCAGAGGUGUGGGCAGGGGGGAGAAGAUGGCAAAUAUCCCCCUCAUACUCUCCAUGUGUCUUCUGGGAGCUUGUCUUGGGGGUGAAAAUACAGUGUUCAUUGAGAACAAAGAGGCGAGCUCGGUCCUGCAGAGGCAAAGAAGAGCCAACUCCAACCGGCUGGAGGAGGUCAUUCCUGGGAACCUGGAGAGGGAAUGCAUAGAGGAGAAAUGCAGCUAUGAAGAGGCACGAGAAGUGUUUGAGAACGAAGAGAAAACGAUGCAGUUUUGGAAAACAUACGUUGAUGGGGACCAGUGCAACCCCAACCCCUGCAAGAACGGAGCCUCCUGCGAGGACCAAAUCAACUCCUACGUGUGCUGGUGCCCAGCUGGCUACGAAGGCAAGAACUGCGAGAUAGACUUCACUUGUGCUAUUAAAAACGGAGGCUGCAAGCACUUCUGCAGCCACCAGCCCCCACAGAAGGUUGUGUGUUCCUGUGCUGCUGGCUACAAACUGGCUAAAGAUGGAAAGUCCUGCGAACCUACAGUGCCAUAUCCCUGCGGGAGGAUCACGGCUCCCGAAGCCAAGAGGAAGCUCACCCGCUCCAUGAACACCUUUGAGCACUGGAACAUCACCGCUGAUGACGCUGACGAUGGCCCUGAGGAGGAGCUGGACAACAGCACGGACAGCAGCGCUGCAGCCACCGCCAGGAUCAGCCCCGUGCUCAGGACGGGCACGCGCGUGGUCGGCGGCUCGGACAGCCUGAAAGGAGAGGUGCCCUGGCAGGUUCUGCUGGUGAACAGCAAAGGCUUGGGCUUCUGCGGCGGAUCCAUCAUCAACGAGAAGUGGGUGGUGACAGCAGCGCACUGCCUGAAGCCGGGCAACACCCACAACCUCACUGCUGUGGCAGGUGAACACGAUCUCAGGAGCGACGAGCACACGGAGCAGCGGCGCAGGGUGGUGAGGCUGCUCCCCCACCCCACCUACAACGCCUCCAUCAACGAGUACCACAACGACAUCGCCCUCCUGGAGCUGGAGCGGCCCCUCACCUUCAACAGCUACGUGACCCCGGUGUGCCUGGGCAGCCGCGAGUUCAGCAAUGCGCUGCUCCGGCAGGGCACGGGCACGGUCAGCGGCUGGGGCCGGCUGCUCUUCCGCGGCCGCACCGCCACCACCCUGCAGGUCCUCAAGGUGCCCUUCGUGGAUCGGCCCACCUGCCUCAAGAGCACCUCCACCAGCAUCCUGCAGAACAUGUUCUGUGCCGGCUUCCCCUCCGGGGGCAGGGACACCUGCGAGGGGGACAGCGGGGGCCCGUACACCACCGAGAUCGAGGGCACCUGGUUUCUCACGGGCAUCACCAGCUGGGGAGAGCAGUGUGCCCUGCCGGGCAAGUACGGCAUCUACACCAGGGUCUCCAAGUACGUCAAGUGGAUAAAGCAGAACACCAGGCUCCCCUGAGAAGCAGCACCGUGCUGGAGGAGGGACUGGGAGGGCUGGAGAGGGCCCACAGCCAUCGCUGGGGUUCUCAGAUAGCAUCACAUUUCAAUAAACAUCUCUAAAUGAAAUCACUUUUGCUCUUGGAAGGCAAAAGGUGGGAGAAUGUGACGAAAAUGUGGUAAUAAGGAAAUAAAAAGCCCUUUGAAUGA